AUGGAAACACUAGCGUGUGUGCAUGGAGAACAAGCAGAGCUGCAAGCUAAAGUUGGAGCUAAAUUUUACGAAACGAACUUGAUCUGGGAUGACAACGAAGUGUUGCGCCACCUGGUUCUGGAGAGCAUUCUCGGCAAAGGGUUUCUGCGUUUCCUUCCGGGGAUGACACGGGCUUUAUGGAGGUUGACAAUACUGCAUAAGUAGAUACGCAGUAGCAUGAUUCAGAAUUAUCUAAAUAAGUCGAUUUUGCAAUAGUUCGACACCUUCUGGAUCUGGUCCCUCGUUCUUGAAAAUCUAGUACUGCUUACAAUUAACUACGAAGAACAAAACUUAUCAUGUACUCGACGACCUCUAGAGCAUGAACUACCUCUCUCGCCUUCAUCGACUGCAAAAGGGCACGUGAGCUGCCUGAGCAAUCUGGGACAGUGGGUAGCUCUGAGCAAUUUCUGGCGCAAUUGUUUCAAUCGAAC